AUGCAUACUUCUUCAAUCGUCUUCGUCGCAAUUUUCCUUGCUAGUUUCAAUUUCAUCAAUGCGCUGCCACCUUUAUCAUACGGAUUCAAUAGUCCCAUGCAAUCUUACAACGAGUACACCACCACUUCAUAUAAUAGUGAUCAAGGAGCCUCACCAGUGACGACCACCGUCACACAUGGAAUAAAUGGCCUGCCACCGGUCACCUAUACCACUAUUUCACCCUUACAAUCCCUUUACAACGUUCGACGAGGAAUUCAUUCACAAGGUGGUGAGGGAGGUUCAGAUGAUAAUCCGCCUGUAUUCAUGCCUGAUGCACACUCUGUGCCAAACCCCAUUGAAAAUUCAAGCGAAGACCCAAUUUUUCACUCUGGAGAAAUGAUGCCUAUGAUGCAGUCCGAUGCAAACAACACUAUGCCCAAUGACAUUGCCCUUUGA